AUGGAGUUCCUCAACAAAUCAGGUUUCGCCGACUUCAGACACCAUCGGCUGGACAACGACUCGAUGAUGUUUUACAACUACAGUGCCUCAAACGAGACGGAGGAGGAACAUUUCUUCCCCGCCGGCUUAAAGAUCACCAUCGUCAUGGUGUACAUGAUUGUCUGCGUGGUGGGGCUGGUGGGAAACUGCCUGGUCAUGUAUGUGAUCAUCAGGUACACCAAAAUGAAGACGGCCACCAACAUCUACAUCUUCAACCUGGCGCUGGCCGACGCGCUGGUGCUGGCCACCUUGCCCUUCCAGGGCACGGACGUCUACCUGGGCUUCUGGCCCUUCGGCAACGGCCUGUGCAAGGCGGUGGUGUCCAUCGACUACUACAACAUGUUCACCAGCAUCUUCACGCUGACCGUCAUGAGCAUCGACCGCUACGUGGCCGUGUGUCACCCCGUCAAGGCGCUGGACAUGCGCACGCCGCACAAGGCCAAGCUGGUCAACAUCGGCGUCUGGGUGCUGGCCUCCGCCUUCGGGGUGCCGGCCAUGGUCAUGGGAAAUUUGGAGGAAGGUAAGGGGAGCGAAGGGAAUAAGGGAGAGGACAUCGAGUGCAUCAUCGCGCUGCCUGACCCGCGCAGCUACUGGGACCCGGUGUUCGGCACGUGCGUCUUCCUCUUCUCCUUCCUGAUCCCCGUGGCCAUCAUCAGCGUGUGCUACAGCCUGAUGGUCAAGCGGCUGCGCAGCGUGCGCAUCCUCUCGGGCUCCAAGGAGAAGGACCGCAACCUGCGGCGCAUCACGCGCAUGGUGCUGGUGGUGGUGGCGGUGUUUGUGGUGUGCUGGACGCCGGUGCAGAUCAUGGCGCUGGCCAAGAUGCUGGGCUUCAACAUGCACAGCCUGCUGACGGUGGUGCUCAUGCACUUCUGCAUCGCCCUGGGCUACGCCAACAGCAGCCUGAACCCCGUGCUCUACGCCUUCCUGGACGAGAACUUCAAGCGCUGCUUCGGCGAGUUCUGCUACCCGUCGCCGUUCCGCCUGGACGGCCAGCAGUCGGGCCGCAUCCGCAGCAUUGCCCGCGAGGUGGCCUACAACUGCAAGACGGUGGACGGCAUGACCAACCCCGCAUGA